UUAUAUAGAAGCAUGAUAGGAAGUCUGCUGUAUCUCACAGCCAGUAGACCUGAUAUUGCUUUUGUUGUUGGGGUGUGUGCUAGGUAUCAAGCAGAUCCUAAGAUCAGCCAUAUCAACCAAGUCAAGAGGAUCCUGAAAUAUGUGAAUGGUACUUGUGAAUAUGGAAUGCUCUACUCUCAUGGGUGUGAACCUAUUCUCACUGGAUAUUGUGAUGCAGAUUGGGCUGGAAGUGCUGAUGACAGAAAAAGUACUUCAGGAGGAUGUUUCUUCUUGGGUAAUAAUCUUAUUUCAUGGUUCAGCAAGAAACAAAAUUGUGUGUCCUUGUCCACUGCAGAGGCAGAAUACAUUGCAGCAGGAAGUAGUUGCUCUCAGCUUGUUUGGAUGAAACAAAUGUUAACAGAAUACAAUGUCACACAAGAUGUCAUGACAUUAUAUUGUGACAACUUAAGUGCCAUUAACAUUUCAAAGAAUCCCAUUCAGCAUAGCAGGACCAAGCACAUUGAUAUUAGACAUCAUUACAUUAGAGAUCUUGUUGAAGAUAAAAUAAUUGCCUUGGAACAUGUUGCUACAAACCUUCAAUUGGCUGACAUUUUCACAAAAGCCUUGGAUGCAAAUCAAUUUGAAAAUCUAAGAAGCAAACUAGGCAUUUGUCUUUGUGAAGGAUUAUAG